CUCAACAGGCGCGCUGAAGCCUCUCCCCGCUACCUUCAGCUCCACUACCCGGUAACAUGUCAGGAGAGCAGCGGGGGCUCGUUUACCUCAUCACCGGGGGCUGCGGCUUCCUGGGCAAACACAUAGUGCGGGUUUUACUGGAGCAAGAACGGGAGAGCGUGUCGGAGAUUCGGGUUUUCGAUAAACACACGGACCCCGGCAUGGAGAAGGAGAGCACAGAGCACACGAAGGUGGUGGUGAUCCAGGGGGACAUCACAGACUACACCCAGGUCCUGGAAGCUUCUCGUGGGGUUGACGUGUUCAUCCACUCAGCCAGCGUGGUGGACGUGUGGUACAAGAUCCCAGACUCUGUCAUGUACAAUGUCAACGUGAAAGGGACUGAGAAUGCGAUCCAAGCUUGUGUGGAAAAUGGUAUUCCGAGCCUCAUUUACACCAGCAGCAUGGGCGUGGUCGGCCCCAAUCAAGAAGGAGAUCAGUUUAUCAGGGGGACUGAAGACACGCCCUACCGCAUCAAACACACCAUGGCUUAUGACAAGACCAAGUCUAAGGCUGAGGAGCUGGCGCUGAAAGCCAAUGGGACCAAGGUGAAGGGCGGGAAGACGAUGUACACCUGCUCCCUCAGACCCACAGGCAUCUACGGAGAGGGCCACGAUCUGCUCAAGGAAUUCUGGACGCGCUGUAUCCAGACAGGAGGGGUCAUAAUAAGCGUUGUCCCGGAAAACACAGAGCACGGGCGUGUCUAUGCAGGUAAUGUAGCCUGGAUGCACGUGCUGGCUGCCCGCGCUCUUCGAGACAAACCCCAAAAUGUGGGAGGAGAGAUCUUCUAUAGCUAUGACGACUCUCCAUACAAAAGCUAUGAAAGCUUCAACGAGCAGUUUUUCACUUCCUUCAACUUCCGAAAAAUACGCAUUCCCCUUUUCAUCGUGUGGUUCAUGGUGAUAAUCAACGAGAUCCUGCGUUGGAUUUUGAGUCCGUUUUAUAACUACACGCCAUUGCUUAAUAAGUAUACUUUUACAACGGUGUGUACUUCCUUUACAGUGCAGACGGAUAAAGCGUACAGGCAUUUCCAGUACAAACCUCUGUACAGCUGGGACGAGUGCAGGAAAAGGACUCAGGAAUAUGUCGAUUCCUUUGCUCAAAAACACUAUAAAGGAGAUUAGCACAACUGUUGGAAAAUACUUGAUGGAAUGAAAACAGAUAAUAUGCCCUGGCAACUUAAUUUCUAUAUUAAAGAGAUAGUAGUUUGUCUGUUCAAUCAGAAUAUCACGAUUGAAAAUGAUUUAAUGAUAAUAAUAAUACAUUAAUCUCAAACAGGGCUUUUCCACACGCUCAGAGUCCUUUUACAGUUUUAUGCACUAUUCAUCCUACACUCGGAAGUGGUGAGAUACUGUUGUAGCCACAGCUGCCCUGGGGCAGACUGGUGGAAGCGAGGCUGCCAAUCCGAGCACCACUAACUCACGCACAUACCAUAUAUUCAUAGCAGGCAAUAUGGGUGAAGUGUCAUGCUUAAGGACACCACAACAGUGUUUCCCACUUGUGCCCCACUGUGACACUGUAAUUCCCAGAGGAAUCGACUCCCAGUACCCAGCCCUGUUGAGCCUCUGAGAUCUGAUGAGAUCAGGCUCAUUCUUAGUCAUUGUCUUAGACAUAUUUGCUAAAUUGACUUUUUUGAGCUUUUAUUCAUAGUGUAACAUUGUUCCCUCAUCAAAAAUAUACCUUAAAGUUUUUCACUUCAGUUACAAAGUUAAUGCUAGAUUCCCUUUUUGCACUGCAUUAUCUUGUGUCAUAGCAUCUUCCGUUCAUUCCAAUGUGCUGUGAAAGACUACGCCGUUUGAAGGGAUGUUUAGAGGCUUAUAGCUCCAUCUAGUGGUGAGAGUUUGUAAGAAAAAGCAGAGCCUCUCAAAUCCCAGUGUUUCUCAUUUACAUUCCACUUACUGAAAGAUGUGUAUCCUAAACAGGACACUGUAAAGGAUAAAAAAGAACUAUAUUUAUGGCAUUUAAAGGUGCAGUAUGUUAGUGGUCUGCCACUUGCUUGUUUCCAUAGAGAUGUUAUUGCUUUGCCUGGAAAGCUGCACAGUAUGGCAUUAACCAUAUUUAUUUAAUUAUGAGUGUUGUUCUUGCACAACAGAAACAGUGAGUGGACUCGACUCUCACCAGAUCUAACUUGUAACUUGGCCUGGUGGUCUCCAUGGAGAUAGACAUGUUUAAUGUCAUACUGUAGAACAGAGCAAAAGCAGAUUUCAAUUAACACAGAAAAUGUAUGAUGCAUUAACGUGAUGUUUCUUUAAUUUAAGUAAUUAAAUUUUUUUAUUGUAAACAAAAAU